AAUGUCAGGAAAUUUCUUGGCGUUCCUUUCGCUGCUCCACCGGUUGGUGAGCUCAGAAAAAAACCACCUGUACAUCCAGUCGUUUGGAGACCGAAUGUUCUCUCGGCGAAAAAGCAUGGGAACAUUUGCAUGCAGAGCAGAGAGUAUGAUACUUGGUACGAGGAUUGCUUGUAUCUCGACGUAUACACCCCAAAUGUUAGGACGAGUUUAAAAAAAAUGGUUUACAUUCACGGUGGAAGCUUCACCAACGGUGCAACCAUCACAUACCCGAGCGACAUCUUGGCUCUUCACGGGGUGGUUGUUGUUGUGAUUCAGUAUCGUCUCGGUCCGUAAAAAAACUUGACGACUGGCGAUUCUUCGGCUCCAGGGAAUUUUGCAAUGCUGGAUCAAGUGGAAGCACUUAAGUGGGUUCGGGAUAAUAUUGCUAGUUUUGGCGGAGAUUCCAACAAGGUGACGAUAUUUGGAGAAAGCGCCGGCGCGGCGAGUGUCAGCCUUCACUUACUGUCGCCUCUAUCGGAGGGUCUCUUUCAUCAAGCCAUUGUAGAGAGUGGGGUGGAUUUGAGUUCCUUUGCGACUCAGCCUGUUUCGUUUGGCCUUCACUACGCGGAAGAACUUGCUAAAAAGCUAAAGUGCCCCACAACUAGUCACAACAAAAUGGUCUCUUGCAUCCGCUCGAAGAGUGCUAUGGAGAUGCAAGAAAAAAAUGAAAUGUUGACAUUCAAGCUCAAAAAUUAUCUUAUGUGGGCGCCAGUUGUGCAUCCUAUCUUGAACCGAUCGCCAAAUGGACUUUUGGAUUAA